ACAAGAAGCCAAGUGUUCCAAGGUUUAAAUUAGGGUACAGUGGUGCUCCUUCAGACGAAGCCAUGAGAGUGUUCGUGUUACUCGCAUCACUCACGGCUAUUGCCACUGCUCGCCCUGGCGGCAUCGGUGGCGGAGGUGGAUUUGGGGGCGGUUUUGGAGGCUCUGGAUUUGGUGGAAGCGGUGGAGGAAUUGACACAUACUCCGCUCCUCCUAGUGGAGGUGGAGCUCCAUCAGGGGGAUACGGUGCUCCCGUGCCACAGUAUGGACCACCAGCACAAGCACCUGUGAUCCACAAACAUGUGUAUGUGCACGUCCCACCACCAGAACCCACAUAUUAUGCACCAAAGAAGUCCCUGCCACCUCCUCCACCCCCACAAAAACACUACAAAAUUGUAUUCAUCAAGGCACCUACACCACCUCCACCAACUGUUCCCGACAUCCCAGCCCUCCCACCACCCGACGAACAAAAGACUCUGAUCUACGUCUUGGUCAAGAAGCCAGAAGAGGCACCAGAGAUUCACAUACCAACGCCAGCACCAACCAAACCAUCCAAACCUGAGGUUUACUUCAUCAGGUACAAGACGCAGAAGCAGGAAGGCUACGCUCCAUCGCAGCCCAGUUCCGGGUAUGGAGCCCCCGCACCAGUUCCUUCGGCCCCCGGGGACAGUUACGGGGCACCUGCACCUUCAGGGCAAUAUGGCGCCCCUAGCGGAGGAGGACCCUACUAAGUGUCUCACGCAACAGAUACACAGCAACAGGAUGUUCGAACAUUCCUCGGGAAGUCAUUUUCUUCAGGAUGAACGCAAAUCUUUUGCAAUUGACACGCCAUCCAGUUCUUGACAUGUUCGGUCUUUGGAUGAUACUGUUAUAAAGUGGCGGUGAUAGUGGAGUAAGUUGCAAUGGACAUUGCUUGUUACAAAAGGACAAGGCUUGAGCAACGGUGAGGAUUGCUGAACAAGUGAUUUUUUUUCCAAGUUUCAAACUUAGCUUCGCGCUUGAUAAGCUCAUGAACACGUACAGGAAAAAGAUACCACAGAUACAAUUAUACACGUAUGUCAGAAUAAAGAGGGAAACACUAAGCGUAAGCUUCACGAAAAGAGAGGAUAUUUCUCUUUCUUUUUGAUAAAUAUUUUGGAAAAUUGUGACAUUUAAAUUAUACCCUUCUAGCCCUUCACAAUCACAUUUCCUAUCCUCACUAUUGAAACUGUGGUCAUGGGAUUCUAAACCUAAAAAGAGGCGAGAUUUGCAACGAUUCAGGAAUAAUUUUACUUCUCUCGCUGACUUGUUUUCCAACCAAGUCACUGACGUAAUGAAGCGCUUUAUAAGGAGUCGGGAUGAAUCUCAUGUAGACUAGAAAAGGAUGCAUGAAUAUAUCUCAAACAGACAAUGUCCAGUGCACUAGAACUAACAGUAAUUUAUGUUCCAUUUCGGCGGUUUGCAGGAUUGCAACGACAGUAAAAAUAAUUUGCUGCCUUCCUGUCGUAAGGAGCCUGUAAGUAAGAUAGUACAAUGUGAACAUCUGCGAAGAUGAACAAGUGUGAAUUUUAAAUUUAAGUUGCGAAAUAAUUGGAUAGAACAUCUGUUCGCUAUUUCAGAAAGCAUUCUUGGAAAUAGUGGAAACAUUUGGACAAACAUUACGAAUUCAGAACUUAUUUAUAAUUGUCAUUUUAUAAAUAUACUUUCCUUAAUUCUAAUGGGAGGAAAAAGCUUUUGUCAUGGAGGUUCAUAACACUCUAUUACUUUUCCUUAUACUGAAACGGUAAAAAUCAUAGACUAAAGACUUUUUUUUUUUUCAAAAUAGGAGUUCGUAGUUCGAUGGAUAGGCCUACGCCUGAUUUUAAGCAAUAUUAAAUUUGUCCAUGUGAUGGCAAAAGUGUCUUCUUCACUUCAGCGUAAUAUUAAUCGGCGUACAAGAUGAUGGCUAAACAUUAAUACUUAAAAGGAAAACUACUUCAGUGGACUUAAAUGCCUCUAUUUAUUUUUUUAUUGCUAGUGGGGUGGGACUAAGUCCCUUGUACUGCGGCCACU